AUGAUCUCUCAACAACAAGACAGAUAUCCAAGAAAAGAAAUUCAAGAGAACAACCAAGGAAAUAAUGGUUCGAUCAACAACAACAAGAGAGAAUCGUUAGAACUUAGCCUUGGUAGAACAUCUAGCAGCAGGGACGAUUCGAAGGAUGAGUAUGAGCAAACAAAACACACAUUCCACAAGAUCUAUACAUGCAACUACUGCAUGAGGAAGUUCUAUAGCUCACAAGCUUUGGGUGGUCAUCAAAAUGCUCACAAGAGAGAAAGAGGACUAGCUAGAAGGUACCGUUCCCAUGAGUUAAUGAGUACUACGAGUUUACCCUACCCCUAUAUUCAUGCUACUCCAUCAACAUUUGAUGUAAGUAGUCAGUCAAUGGUCGUGCAAAACCCUAACACAUUAAAAGGAAGCACCGUUGGCCAUUUUGUAGAUGUGGAAGCCUCAAGUAAUAUGAUAUGGCCUGGAAAUUUUCAUGUUGAUUAUCAUCAUCAGCCCAACCAGCCAGUGUUCUCAAAUGGUCAAUCGGCAUCAACCAAUGAUCAUUCACUUAAUCUGAAUCUCAGUCUUUGA